AUGGGCUCGUCUUCUGCUAACCACGUGGCGCUCCUCGCCUUCCUCGUCUGCCUCCUCCCUCAUUGCGGCUCUGCGAAGCAGCACUCGGGCUAUGACGUCGUGUCGGUGGCCGAGUCCGGGAACAGGCUAUCGGCCGGGCUGAAGCUUGUAGGCGGGACAGCCAAGUUCGGGCCUGAUGUCAAGAGGCUCAGCCUAAGUGCAAGCAUGGAGACGGACAGCAGGCUCCACGUACGCAUCACCGACGCCGACCAUGCGCGAUGGGAGGUCCCCCGGGACGUCGUCCCGCGGCCGGCGCUGCAGGACGUCUUGGUCGAGCCAACGGCAAGACAUGCCGCCUUGCCGAGCAGCCACACCCUCUCCAGCGCGUCCUCGGACCUCACCUUCACCAUCCACACCGCCCCGUUCCGGUUCACCGUCACCCGCCGCUCCACCGGCGACGUCCUCUUCGACACAUCCGCCACCCUCGUCUUCAAGGACCGGUACCUGGAGGUGACGUCGGCGCUGCCGGCGGGGCGGUCAUCCCUGUACGGGCUGGGCGAGCACACGAAGCGGACAUUCCGGCUCCGGCACAACGACUCGUUCACGCUGUGGAACGAGGACCUGGGGAGGUCGGACCAGCUGGACCUCAACCUCUACGGCUCGCACCCGUUCUACAUGGACGUGCGCUCCCCCGGCGGCGCUGCCCACGGCGUGCUCCUCCUCAACAGCAACGGGAUGGACAUACACUACGGGGGUUCCUCCAUCACCUACAAGGUCAUCGGCGGCGUGCUCGACUUCUACUUCUUCGCCGGUCCAUCCCCGCUCGCCGUGGUCGACCAGUACACCCAGUUCAUCGGCCGCCCUGCCCCCAUGCCAUACUGGUCAUUUGGGUACCACCAGUGCAGGUAUGGGUACAAGAACGUGGAAGCCCUGGAGGACGUGGUGGCCGGCUACGCCAAGGCCAAGAUCCCGCUGGAGGCCAUGUGGACUGACAUUGACUACAUGGACGGGUACCAGGACUUCACGCUGGAUCCGGUGAACUACCCGGCCAAACGGCUCCGCCCCUUCGUCGACCGGCUUCACAGCAACGGCCAGAAGUACGUGGUCAUCCUAGACCCGGAGGUCAAAAGGAGCGCGACGCCCGACGAGAAGGACGUGUUCCUGCAGUGGAACGGCAGCACCCUGGUGGGCGAGGUGUGGCCAGGCGAGGUCUACUUCCCGGACUUCAUGAGCCCGCGCGGCGCCGAGUACUGGGAGAGGAAGAUCUCCGAAUUCCGCCGGACCAUCCCCGUCGACGGCCUCUGGUGCGACAUGAACGAGCCGGCCAACUUCAGGGACAUGCCGACGCUCAACGCGCUGGACGACCCGCCCUACCGCAUCAACAACGCCGGCGUGCACCGCGACAUCAACAACCAUUCGGUGCCGGUCUCGGCGACACACUACAACGGCGUCUCCGAGUACGACGCGCACAACCUCUUCGGCUUCCUCGAGGCGCGGGCCACGCACGACGGGCUGCUCAGGGACACGAAGCGCCGUCCCUUCGUGCUCAGCCGCUCCACCUUCGUCGGCUCCGGCCGCUACGCCGCGCACUGGACGGGCGACAACGACGCGCGGUGGGACGAGAUGCGGCACUCCAUCAACACCAUCCUCAGCUUCGGCAUCUUCGGCAUCCCCAUGAUCGGGUCCGACAUCUGCGGCUUCACCGGCAACUCGAGCCAAGAGCUGUGCAGCCGGUGGAUUCAGCUCGGCGCCUUCUACCCGUUCAUGAGGGGCCACUCGGAGAAGAAGACCAUCCGGCGGGAGUUCUACCUGUGGGAGUCGACGGCGAGGUCCGCGAGGAAAUCAUUCGGGACGCGGUACAGGCUGCUGCCCUACUUCUACACGCUCAUGUACGAGGCGCACACCACGGGGGCGCCUAUGGUGCGGCCGCUCUUCUUCUCCUACCCGCACGACGCCAACACCUACGGCGUGGACAGGCAGUUUCUGUUCGGCCCCGGCCUCCUCGUUUCUCCGGUGAUGGAGCCUGGCGCGACCACCGUAGACGCCUACUUCCCGGCCGGCCGGUGGUUCAGCCUCUACGACUACUCCCUCGCCGUCGCCACGCGGACCGGCAAGCGCGUGACGCUCCCGGCGCUAGCGGACGCGGCGAACGUGCACGUGGCAGGCGGCAGCAUCCUGCCGACGCAGCAGCCGGCGCUGACCACGUCGCGCGCGCGCCAAACCGAGUUCCGCCUCCUCGUGGCGCUGGCGGAGAAUGGCACGGCCAGCGGGAAGCUAUUCUUGGACGACGGCGAGUCACCGGAGAUGGGCGGGGCGAGAAGCAAGUGGACCCUUGUGAAAUUCAGCUGCGAUAAGGAGAGCAGGGGCAGCAUCACGAUGAGGUCGCAUGUGGUGCACAACACGUACGCGCCAAGCCGAAAGCUGGCCAUCGGUAAGGUGGUCUUCAUGGGGCUCCAGUCGCCGGCGGCACCAAAGGUCUUUGUCAACGGCGUUCAGCUGAAGGCAGCUGGCAUUAUGUACGGGAGGAAUGGAGUGCUCACCGUCAGAGGCCUGUCCCUGGUCGUCGGAGAGAAGUUCGAGAUCAAUGUCGUCAUGUCACAUUGA